AUGCGCGGCAGAUACGAGGUCGCAGACUUGAUCAAGCUGAGUAAAUCUCCAUUAGUAGAGGCACCGGCGUCUCUACCACCCAAAGAAGAAUGGAUGGGUCUAGUAGAAUCAAAAUCACGACUACCAGCAACCAGAGGAAAAACAGAUGAUGCAUUCGGUCAAACAGAAGGCUUUCAAAAACGACCUACCCUCUUCGAAUCCCGAAGGUCUACAACAGAUCCCGAACGCAUUCAUUUAGGUCCUCCUCGAAACUCUUUCGCUUCUUCCAACCUUAGAGCACGAAACGGCACACACGAAAGAACCAAGACCAAUGACGAAGAAGAUGAAUCAGUGAAUGACAGAAGAACAGGUGCGUCAAACGGCACGAAUGGUAGAAGUUAUACGCGAAAUCACACCGAAUACAAUGCUUCCGAUCGUCCGAGACGUCGUUUUGAUGAAGACGAAGAGGAAAGCCGUUCUAGGAGAGAUCCAGACCGCCCAAGAUGGGGUGGCAGGGAUACCCAAUCUGACACUCCCUGGAGUAGACGCGAGAAGCGAGGCGAUGCUGAAGACGAUGAGCGGAAAGACAGUCCUGCAUGGAGACGUGGGCCCAGAGACAGAGAUAAUGAGCGAACUGACAAAGACCCAGAAUGGGUCGACCCAAUCGAAGCAUCAGGGCCAUCUAAAGGACAUACACACGAGGAAUUUAUGCAAUGGAUGGCUAAAAUGAAAAACAAAAAAUCUGAAGAUGAGCCUGCCACGCCUGCCGCAGUCACUGCGACAGAAGUUUCAGACACACCCUCGCAACCCCAUCCGAGAGUCGUCUCAGAAUCAUCCGUUGCUGCUGAUAAGUUCUUCGCCAAGUUCGAGGAUAAGAAACCAUCUACCGAUAUGCCAAUCUUUGCUGCACGCCCAGUUAAAUCCAGGUUUGCAUCCAUUUUUGGCUCGAAAGACGAGUCCAAGCCUGACGUUUCGACUCCCGACCCAGCAGCCACAACUCCGUCGCCCGUCGUUCAAGCUCUACAACCACCUGUUGAGCUUGAACAGCCUCCACCUAACCCGGACAACCAGAAGAAGGCCAAAGAGAAGGUUGCAUUCGAUAACUUGCUAGCGAUGUUAAAGCAGAACCAAACCCAGAUUGCCCAAGGUACAUCAGCUCAGCCAAGCAAGAGUCCGUUUAGUAUCGCCGAACUGUCGGCAUCAAUGUCUCCCAGUAUCGAGGCUGCCACUUCGCACAAGUUGAACAACAAGACACCGGUUCAGUCGCAUACCCCCAACCUAAGUCUAGAUAGACUCAUUGAAUCUCGAUCACCAGCACAUCCUACCUACCAGAACCAGUCUGUCCAGCAGAAGCCAGGAGCACAAGACCUUCUUGACCUUCUCAAGCGAAGUAGCUUUCAAGAGCAGCCACAGCCCUUACAACAGCUUGGCUACCACCCUUAUCACGAACAAAGAAUGCCGCCGCCACCACCAGGUCUGGGUCCACCACUAAUCAGUACGCGUAGAGAUGUUCCUCGGCCCUUCUUCGAAGAUCCAACCUUUACUGCUUACCAUAACGAACGUGAGUAUCAACCGCGAAAUUCUCCACCAGGAAACAAUGUGCCAGGAGGUCUUGGAGGACUUUUCGCCGCCAUCAACAACAAGAAUUAUGCCCCGAAUGCUCAAGAAGAGCAAAGAUCUCACCCAGGUCCUCCUCCAGGUCUACAACGACCACCAGGGUUCGAGAACCCAACAAGACCACCACCUGGAUCGGGCUGGCCUACUAACCUUCCACAACGUCAAUCUGCGCAUCAGUACAACAUUGACAUUCCACCACCAUAUGAACAGGCCCGAAGUAUUUACUCACAGGCACCGCAACAGCAGCCUAUUCCUCAAAAUCCGCAGCGCAAACCCACAGGCGGUGCGCCCAUGAUGCCUGGAUAUUCCAAUGUACCUCCAGGCUUCCAACCUUCUUCUACGUAUGCACCACCUACCUCACCAGAGUCCGGUAUACAGUAUGCCAUAAGAGAUGGGAAUGGCAUCAGUGAAAGAGACAGACAGCCGCAGCAACAAAAUCCAUUCCUAGCGAGAAUGGGCAUGGGAGGUCAAGCAAGAGAUAGGGGAGUACCACUACCACCUGGUUUCAGAUAG